GCAUACCAGAUGGCGCCACUUAAUGGCAAUGUGGCGCACGACUGUCAGAGAAUAAAUGGCGGACUCUGGGAGCAGCGCGGUGGACCGGGGAUUGGGGCUCUGCGUGGGGUUUUCUUUUCGGUUCCCUAUGAAGUUGCUAGCUGGGCACCACGUAGUUUGGAAAUACAGUGAGAGUUGAUACCAGCCUGGAGUACGCCGAAAUGAAUUCGAGGCACACCGAGGUGGCUCCUCUGAAGAAAGAGGCGGCAAGUGCCGAAGAUGAGGACUUGACAAUCCCGCGUGCAGCCAUGAAUAAGAUGAUCAAGGAGCUGCUCCCAAACGUGCGCAUAGCCAACGAGGCACGUGAGCUCAUCUUGGCCUGCUGCACAGAGUUCAUCCACCACCUUUCCACCGAGGCCAAUGACAUCUGCAACCGGCAACAGAAAAAGACCAUUUCUGCAGACCACGUUCUGGGUGCGUUGGACAGUCUGGGUUUUGGUGCCUACCGCCAGGAUGCUGAGGCAGUGCUCAAGGACUGCAAAGCAGUGGCAGCCAAGCGGCGGCGUCAAAGUACACGCCUGGAAAACCUGGGCAUCCCCGAAGAAGAGCUACUCCGGCAGCAGCAGGAGCUUUUUGCACAGGCACGGCAACAACAAGCCGAGCUGGCCCAGCAGGAGUGGACACAGAUGCAGCAGGUGGCACAGCAGCAACUUCAGCUGCAGCAGAGCCAAGCUCAGGAUGAAGACGAGUACUGAAGGGGGGGGGGUGGUAGCACGCUUUUGUUUCACUUUAGCUAAUAAUAUGCAACUAAGGUAUUUUCUGACCUUGUGCAAGUAUUUUGUUAGCACAACCUGUAUUAAACAUUCUAGGGAGGGUGUUCAUGCAGGCCGCACAUUCAAGAGAUUUUAUAUGCACUGUACUACACGAGUGUGUCAAUGUAACACAUCACUGGACUCUGGCAUCACCUUGGGUGCUCUGCAAGGAUAUUUACUUUACAUUCCUUGCACUGAAGCACAGUGGUGAAAAAUGUUUUAUAGUUUGUUUUGCCGAGUGCCUAGGCAUGUGAGCUUGCAUGGAAGCUGCUGUACAGGCCAAUUGGAAUGCAUAUUGAUUUCUUUUUUUUUUUUUUUUCGAAGCACUUUUGCUGUAAAUGAUGCAAGAGCUCUCUAUUAGGGCUGUAUCGAUUUUACUUUUUUUUUGUUCUAUUUACAAUGGUUUGGUGGCAUGGAUGCAUCGUAUGUGAUUGAUUGUCACAUGAUGACUUUGGAUGCACCGUUUCUCUUACGUUGGUUUACUGUACUCACUGAAAAUUGUUUUUGAGAUGCAGAAAUAUAUAAUGGCGGCUGUCUACUUUUAGAAGAGUGCUUGCUGGAUUUUUGCAUUUACUGCUAUGCUUUAUCACUGGCAGUGACAGUUUGUGAUAAACAAUGUGCCACAAAUGAUCAUGUUCUGUUUGCCACAAGCUGUGCACAUUUGUAAUAAAGACUAUUUUAGUGUACUUGAA